AAUGGCGGAUGAUUCGGAAGUUGAAAGUUUUGGAUUAAAUAAACUUUUAUAUUAUCAGUCGGAGCUAGAAGAAGCUCUGUGUGAUUGCAAUGAUGUAGAAAGUAAGAAGGAAAGUAUAUUUAAUUAUAUAGAAAAGAUAACAAGCGACGAUUCGUUGAAAAUUCCGGAUUUUGGAUUAGAUCAUGAAUGGAUUAAUACAGAGAAACCAUUAUCUGUGAAAGAAGAUUUAAAAGGAAAAAUUAUAGUUUUGGACUUUUUUACAUAUUGUUGCAUUAAUUGCAUGCAUAUCCUUCCUGAUCUUUUUGCUUUAGAAGAAGAAAUUUCAAUUACUAGUGGUUUAGUUGUUGUUGGUGUUCAUUCAGCUAAAUUUGACAAUGAAAGAUAUUUGAAAAAUGUAAUGGAAGCUAUUCAACGAUAUCAAAUUCAUCAUCCAGUUGUCAAUGAUCCUCAAGGAAUUUUAUGGAAUAAAUUGCAAAUUUAUUGCUGGCCAACAUUAAUUAUCGUAGGUAAGAAAUGUAAAUUUUUAUUGGAAAUCUCAGAAUCGGUGGAUCGAUAUGCUGUUGAUCUACCAGGUGGUUCAGAAGAAGCUUUGAUGACUCAAGAAGGAUGGAAGUCUUUGGAUGUCUUGAGAAGGGUAGACGAUCAGCAAUGGCUUGAGCAGUAUCCGAAACUGGAUCAGAUUAUAAACUUUAUUUUUGAAAUAAAGGAUAUCAUAGGAGGCUUGGAAUCUGGAUUUAUUGAUGGAAAUUUUACUGAGUCAAGAUUUUGUUCACCACAAGGAAUUGCAUGUAAAAAUUCAAAAUUACUUUAUGUUGCUGAUACUGAAAAUCAUGCUAUAAGACAGAUAGAUUUAGAGAGUAGAAAAGUGAAAACUAUUGCAGGGACAGGUAAGCAAGGAUAUGAUAAAAUUGGUGGUAAAAUUGGAAUUCAGCAAGAAAUUAGUUCUCCUUGGGAUGUAUGUUUAGCAUCUUCAAUUGAAAAAGUGGAUGAUUUAUUAUUUAUAACAAUGGCUGGAACUCAUCAGAUAUGGGUGAUAUUUUUAGAAGAUGCUAUGCUAUAUGGUGAGAGUUUUCAGAAAGGAACAUGUGUUAAUUUUGCUGGUAGUGGAAAUGAAGAAAAUCGUAAUAAUAAAUACAGAAUGAAAGCUGGAUUUGCUCAACCAUCAGGAAUUGUUAGAAUGCAAGUUGAAAAGAAACAAUUUUUAUAUGUUGCAGAUAGUGAAAGUUCAAGCAUUCGUUGUGUAUCAGUUACAGAUGGUUCUGUAACAAGAUUUGUUGGAGGUGAUAUGGAUCCUGUUAAUUUAUUUGCAUUUGGAGACAAAGAUGGAAUUGGAAUAGAUGCUAAAUUACAACAUCCAAUGGGUAUAACUUAUUCCGAUUCUGAAAAACUGUUAUAUGUUGCUGAUACUUAUAAUAAUAAAAUAAAAGUAAUUUCCUCCAUCACCAAGAAUUGUUAUACAUUAAAGUUGUCAGAUACAGAAAGUGAUAAAUCUGAAAAAGCUGAAUUUUAUGAACCCAGUGGCCUGUGUUUUGUUGAUGAUAAUAAGACAUUAUUUGUAGCUGAUACAAAUAAUCAUUCAAUUAAGAUAAUUGAUUUAAAGAAGAAAGUUAUGUCAGAGUUAAAUAUCAAAUGGAAUUUUAAAGAAUAUGAUACUACUGACCAUCUGAAUGUUAAAUUGUAUGACAAAAUCCAAAAAUAUAGGUUACCAGUAAAUGGAUGUCUGAAAUUAACUAUUGAAUUUAAUUUCAAAGAAACAUUUUCUCUUAAUAAAGAUGUUGACCAGAUUUGGAAUAUUCAAAUUUCAGAUGAUUCUCUUAAAGUUGAUGGUGAAGACAAUGGAAAUAUUGACAGCUUAUUUGAACCACUCACUUUUAUUUUGAAACCAACAAAAUUAUCCACAAAUACAAAUACUGUAUGUGUUCUAAUUAAGUUAUUUUUAUGUCAUAAGGAAAAAAAUGUCUGUUUAGCAAAGAUUUUCAAACAUAAAAUAUUAGUUGACAUUUGUAAUGAAACUUUAUCAGAAAAAGAUGCAAUAGUUAUAGCAUUUAGCAAAUUAGAAAUAUAAACGAUAAAUAUAACAAUUGCAAGUAAACAGCUUACUAAUAUAGCCUAAAUAAAAAUUUUCUUAGCAAAAGUUUACAAAAUAGAAUGAUUAUUAAUGAAACUAUUGAAUUUAUACAUCUCUUUAAAGUGAAAGCAAUGAUGAUGUACUGUACAUAUAUUUUGAUUGUUAUAUACAUAUUUUUAUAUUUAUAUUUU